UGAAAACGGUGGAAUGGCUAAGAAUCACCACGUUAUUUUCACAAAAAGGCCAGGUGUAAAUGGGGAGCCAGCAGAUGACAACUUUGGAUAUGAAGAGUGUGAUUAUCCUUGUGAUCCACAGAACAGUGAAGUUCUCCUGAAAACAUUAUACUUGUCCAUAGAUCCAGCAAUGAGAUGUAGGAUGAAUGAAGAUACUGGUGUUACAUAUAUUGGACCUUUUGGGAUUGGAGACCGGAUUGGAGGCUUUGGAGGAGUUGGAGUAGUAGUGAAAUCUGCCAGCCCUGCCUUUCAGGAGGGCGAUGUUGUCCACGCAGGGUUUAAUUGGCAAUGGGUUGAAUACUUCUUAGAAACACCAGGAGAGCACUUUCCAUUGAGGAAGACAGAUUCAUCAUUAGUAAAUGGAAAGGUUUCCUUAUACCUGAGUAUACUGUCCUUGGCUUCUGGACUAACAUCUUACCUUGGGGUCAAAGAAAAGGGCCAUAUCACCCAUGGAGCCAAUCAGACAAUGGUUGUAAGUGGAGCAGCAGGUGCAUGUGGAUCACUCGCUGGACAGAUUGGGAGAUUAGAAGGCUGUUCAAGAGUUGUAGGUAUAUGUGGUUCAGAAGAGAAGUGUCGGUUCUUGGUUGAAGAUCUUGGAUUUGAUUCUGCAAUCAACUACAAAACAAAGGAUGUGGACUCUGAGCUACACAGACUUUGUCCCUCUGGUAUUGAUGCAUACUUUGAUAAUGUUGGAGGUGAUCUCAGCAACAUCGUCAUAAAUCAGAUGAAUACUGGUUCACAUGUGAUAUUGUGUGGUCAAAUAGCUAUCUACAAUAAAGAUGUUCCUUAUCCUCCUCCGAUCCCUGAAGUUGUGCAGACAAUUCUAACAGACAGAAAUAUCACCAGGGAACGGUACCUGGUGCUUAACUAUCCUGACAAGUUUGAGUCUGGAAUGAAACAGCUGGUGGAGUGGACACUUCAAGGGAAGUUAAAGGUUAGAGAAACCAUUGAAGAAGGACUCGAGAAUGCUGGCAAGGCAUUUGUUUCCAUGAUGAAGGGAGGAAAUAUAGGGAAACAGCUUGUUCAUGUUGGAGACUCCUGACCGUGCUUAAAUAUUAUAAUGUAUUGAAUUCCUAUUGAAGAUUGUUCUUUAUCAAAUAAAUUUUCUAGGUAUUAUAAUUCCAAUAAAUCAGUAUUACAAUGAUGUAAACAGGUAUUAGUUAACAAUAGGAGAACACAGGUGUACAAAUCCUAGUCAAGAGUUGUAGCAUACAGGCCAUGGAGGACUAUGAGGUGUUUAAUUGAAUUCCAGUCAAAGACUUAUGUUUUUGAAUGUUAAGUGGUAUUAAUGAAAAUUCAAAUUAUUGAUCGUAAUUGAAAUACACAUAAGAAAACAC